AUGCUAAGGUCGAAGCAGCCUCCUUCUCUCGAUCAUCUUCGUACAAGCCCUGUAAGAGGACAGUUAGAGCCCCAAGAUCCUAAGGCUGCCAAAGGUUGGAGGUACUUACAGACUACAGACACAGUUGAUGAAAUUAAGGUUCUCCUCCCGCCGCAUACGGCGUCCAUGUACGAGCAGUUGCUCAAACUAGAAAAGCUCGAACUUGCCAGGAAGAACGUCUCAUGGGAGCGGAUCCUGGAGAUACGCCAUCUAAAGGAUAGGAUGGUCCGCAAAUGCCAGAAAUUAUCAAGCAUCAUCCCACCUCGUAAACACAGUCGCAAUGAACCGUUCACAUUCCAAACCAUUGUUGCACCAGCUGAUUUCCGUCUUAAGGAGAUGGAAAAAUGGUUCCGCCAGCAACAACUUCGUCUUUCGACCGUGAUGUCAGCACGACCUUCUCGCACUCACACUCAUGCAAGGAGCUCAUGUUGUGCGCGAUGCGCGGUUUCUCCCCGUCUAGGCCCGACGAGAACUUUUGUUCGUCGUGAGUCUCCUGAACAUAUCAGAGUCCAUCCACCAGCUUCCCCAGCAGGUGGAAAGGUAAAGGACCUGUCCAAGGGCAAACCAAGGGCUGAAACUCCCGUUCUUCAUGAAUCUCCUCAAUCUACCACCAGAGAGCCACCUCUCAAAGCAGAAUCCAUUGCAUCCAUAUCUUCCAUUCAACUGCCACCAAUGUCACCUCCCCCGCUGCCCAUAAUAUUACGACGUGGAGGCAUCCCUGCAUCAGAACUUCCUCCUCCAGAAGAUGAGGAGCCUGCUAGUGUUGGACCAAGCGGAGCUACACCUCCACCCUUGCGACACCGUAGAAGCUGUAUCAAACGUUCCAAUACAGGAGAUUCCGUAAAAACUGUUUCCUGGGCGGAUGACCGAGAAUUAACUGAUCGGAUAGCUAAAUUCACCUCCGCGGCCCAGGAAACCGGUGUUUUAGACAAGGAAUGGGAGGAACUUCGACAAGUCUACGUUCAUCACAUGGAUAAGCUUGAAGGUCUGGAGGGACAGGUCCAGGAAAGUCUAUCGAGGUUAGAGGCGGAAGCUGCUCGUCUUCACACCGUUUGUGAGGGUAUACGUGGAGAGAAGACGGCUCUUCGAGACGUGGUUACUCAGUUCGGACAGAAACAUUCCAGUUACCGGGAAAAAGGCUUGUAUACUUCAUUUGAAUGUGUUCAUUAA